CAGUACUAGCGAUUGUGAUACACGUAUUCUCUCUUCUCUUCUCCUCCUCAAGCCUCGAAAGAACUGAACACCACAAUAUCCAAUGGCUUCUCUCUCCAGCACCACCGCUCUCGCCCCUCCUCUUCCUCCACCCACAAUCUCCCGUCUCAGAACCACUUCAAUUCGUGCACAAUCCAUAUCCUUACCCGAUUCCGACCCGAACACCAAUUCUCCUCCAUCUUCUUCAAUUACCGGAGUAGAUAAACUACGCCACACAACAAUGGCGGUGACGGAUGAACGGACGAAGAGAAUAGCGAAGGAAGUGGAGAAGAUGAAAUCGAAGGAAGCGAAGGAGAGAAAGGAGAUGAAGAAUAGGAAGGUGGCGUCGCAGAAAGCGGUGUCUGUUAUACUUCGUAGAGAGGCUACGAAGGCUGUUAUUGAUAAGAGAAGGAGGAAAGGUCCUGUUAAUUCUAAGAAGCUUUUACCUAGAACUGUACUUGAAGCUUUACAUGAAAGGAUUGCGGCAUUGCGUUGGGAAUCUGCUCUCAAGGUUUUUGAACUACUACGUGAACAGCUUUGGUACAGACCUUACUCUGGUGUAUACAUCAAGUUAAUAGUCAUGCUUGGAAAAUGUAAGCAACCUGAUAAAGCUUUUGAACUCUUUCAAGCUAUGGUUGAAGAAGGUUGUGUUUUGGACUGUGAAUCAUACACCGCAUUGUUAGCUGCCUAUGGUAGGAGUGGUCUCUUGGAUAAAGCCUUUUCUCUUCUUGAGGAAAUGAAGAGUACACCUGGUUGUCAGCCAGAUGUCCAGACUUAUUCAAUCCUCAUAAAAUCGUGCUUGCAGAUUUCUGCCUUUGACAAAGUUCAGAGUCUUAUAUCUGACAUGGCCACUCUUGGUAUCAAACCAAACACAGUCACCUACAACACCCUUAUUGAUGCUUAUGGGAAGGCAAAAAGGUUUUCAGAAAUGGAAUCUACACUUUUGGAAAUGCUUGCUGAACAAGAUUGUCAACCUGAUGUAUGGACCAUGAAUUCAACGCUCAGGGCCUUUGGCAACCUAGGGCAAAUAGAAACAAUGGAGAGGUGUUAUGAGAAGUUUCAGGCAUCUGGAAUCCAACCAAAUGUUGCAACCUUCAACAUUCUCUUGGAUUCCUAUGGCAAAGCCCAUGAUUACACAAAAAUGAGUGCUGUAAUGGAAUACAUGCAGAAAUAUCAUUAUUCUUGGACAAUUGUGACCUACAAUAUUGUGAUUGAUGCUUUUGGGAAGGCUGGGGAUCUCAAACAGAUGGAAUAUUUGUUUAGAUUAAUGCGGUCAGAGAGAAUAAAACCUAGUUGUGUCACACUGUGUUCACUUGUGAGGGCUUAUGCACAUGCAGGUAAGUCUGAAAAAGUUGGCGGUGUCCUGCGUUUUGUUGAUAAUUCAGAUGUAACACUGGACACUGUAUUCUUCAAUUGCUUGGUGGAUGCUUAUAUGAGAUUAGAUUGUUUGGAUGAGAUGAAGGGAGUGCUUGAGAUCAUGGAACAUAAAGGUUGUAAGCCCGAUUUCUUAACUUAUAGAACAAUGAUUAAAGCUUAUUCAUCUAAGGGUAUGCAUAGUCAUGUUAAGGAGCUUAAAGAGCUCCUCGAAACAGUGAAGAAACCUCCUUUAGAAAGAAACAAACCUGACUUUUGAUGAGAAGAUCUACUGAUAUUUUUGCUUCGAUAUGUUUGGCUUUCUACGAUCUGUUUAUUUGUGCAUAUGUUGAAUAUAUCUAGUGUAGUUGAGUUUUUUUUUUCUCUUCCUUUUCUUAGUUUUAUAGUUUGUCAGUUUAGGAGGAAAGAGACAGAAGAAAAUAGGGGCAGGAAAAAUGAGAGUAAAAGUGUAAAAUCACUAUAUUAAGAAAGGGAGGAAAAUAGAGAGGAAGUAAAAGGAAUGAUAUAGGUUUAGGGUCAAAUUUAUUUACUCUGGCCUUACAGAAAAAAUGGAAUUCAAAAUGUCAAUAUUACUAUUUUUGAUUUCAUUUCCAUA